UACUCUCAUCCAAUUCAAACCCCAUCGUUUUUCUCUCUCUCUAGAUUUCUUCAACUUUCUCUCUCUAAAGUUCAGUACACAUUUAAGCUUUUCAACUCAUCGGAGCUUCAAGAACUUUUGGUUGAGCUAAACCAUGGCGACACCAGUAGAAAUCUGGGAUCUCGAGCUCAUCGAACAACACCUCCUCGGCGAGGUCUCUCCUGUUGAGAGCUUCGUCAGUGUUCAGACUGAGGGUUCAAGCUCUCAAUCUGAUUCCUUCUGUUCACAGACAUUGAGCUGUGACUCUACCAUCACAAUCUCCGAUUACCUGAACUCCAACAAAGUUGAAAGCACUGAAAUCAUUGAUUUUGUAACCGAUUCAAUCACUUUCGAUCAAAAUGAUUUCUUUGGAUUUGAGUCGAAGCCUCAAAUAAUCGAUCUUAGGAGGCCGGAAGAAAUGAAUUCGAGCAAUCAAUCGAGUUCUAGGUCGAGCUUCAGCGAGCGAAAGCCGUCGUUGAAGAUCGACCUGGCUCCGGUGAAGAAAUUCGAGUGGUUGGAGUUCGGGGAGCCGAGUAAACCUGCAUUUUCAAUAGAGAAAUCGUCGAAUACGGAGGAGAGGAAGCACUACAGAGGCGUGCGACAAAGGCCGUGGGGGAAAUUCGCGGCGGAGAUCAGAGAUCCGAAGCGGCGGGGGUGUAGGGUUUGGUUGGGAACAUUCGACACCGCCAUGGAGGCCGCCAAAGCCUACGAUCGAGCCGCAUUCAAGAUGCGUGGGAGCAAAGCUAUUCUCAACUUCCCUCUCGAAGUUGGAAAAUGGCGUCGCUCACCCACCUCCGCCUCCGCACCCUCCUCCACCGCCUCUAAGGCGGAGAACGGCGGCGCGAAGAGGCAGAGAGAGGUUGAAGAACAAACAGAAGAAAGGUCGGUGAAGAAAGAGAGGUUACCGGAAUCUGAUGCAUCGGUGGUUAGUAGUGAAACGAGUAGUCCGUUAACGCCGUCAAGCUGGACCGCCUUAUGGGAUCAAAAUGCGAACGGUAUCUUUAACGACCUGAUGUUAUCCCCUUUAUCUCUUCACCCAUUGUUGGGCUAUGCACAACUCACGGUCAUUUAGGCGAGAAGGUUUGUGUUGGGGCACCCGGAUGUAUUGUAAAUGGUGGAGGGAUGAGAUUUUAU